ACAAAAUACACAGAAAUGAUUAUAUAUCAAUAAACUCAGAAUCAAGCUUUAAAUGGGAUCCAAAGCUCUUAUGAAAUGAUCUUUCUUUUUCCAAGACUGCCAACAAAACCUAGCAUUCGCAAAGAAUGGUUGAAGGCUCUUGGAGGAACUGAAGAUCCAAUAACAAGAACAUAUGUUUGCUCGAUGCACUUUGGACCUGACAACUAUUCACAAACUGUGAAGAGGAGAUGUCUGCUACCUUCAGCUAUACCUUCAUUAGAUAUGCCAGUUUCAAAUCCUAUUCCAUUCUACCAUGAGAGGACACCUGUACCACUUCCUACACCUGGUAACUUGCAUGACCACAGCUACACAGUGAGUCCUGGCACAACCAAACGCAAGCUGGAAAGAGCCCUAGGGAUAGAGAAGAUAAAAAAGCGCAAGGCACAGAUGGAUAACAUCAAGAAAUCUAUCAAGAUUCAAUCUUUAAAAGAUCUGAAAUCAACAAUGCAAGACCAUGGGAUGGAGGAUGAAGCCAUCCAAUCUACAUUCGACUCUGUCCAUGGAAACGCAUAUGUCAUACUCUGUGAACAAGUCUACUAUGAGCAUGUUGGGAGCAAAUCUGGAUCCUAA